CGGUUAUUUGAAAACAAAUGUAUAAAUGUAUGUUAUUUUUAAAUAUUAACUUCUGUUUAUAAAUUAAUAAACAAAUUAAAUUGAUAACCUUAAAAAUUCAUAAAUUACAUAUAGUUAUAAAAUAUACACACAAGAUCAAAAUAUGAGUUGAAAUUAGUGAAAAUCAUAUAUUGUAUAUGAGUAUAUAACAGUAUAAUAUUAAAUAUGUAAAGUAAUUUGUGUAUAAAGAUAUAGAUAAGGUGUACCUAUAUACAUAAAUAUAAAUAUUAGAAAAGCGUAUAGUUAAAAUUAUCAAAAAACGGAAAAAAAAUUUUCAAAUGUAUAUAAAGUAAGAAUAUUAUGACUGACGAAAUGUUGAAUUCAACGAAUUCUGUAGCAGAUCAUCAUCAUCAACAACAACAACAGCAACAACAACAACAACAACAACAGCAGCAACAACAACAACAACAACAUCAAAAUAACAAUAAUGAUGAGUUAAAUUUUACAACUUUUAUGGAUUUAUGUAGAUUCUGUUCAAUUAAGAAUGGUCCUAAUAAAAUACAUCUUUUUGAUAAAGAAGCUGAACAAAGAAAUUUACUAUAUAAAAUUAGAACUUUAUUACAAGCUAAUAUUGCAAAAGACGACUUCUUGCCAAAGAAAAUUUGUGAACGUUGUAUAAUUAAAUUAGACCAACUUUUUGAUUGGAAGAACACCUGUGUACAAGUAGAUAAUUCACUGAGAAGCUAUGCAGAGUCUAUGCGAACGGUAACUGCAACAAUAAACUUUCAGGUAACGCAAACACAGGACGGCACAGUAAACAUGGACAAAAUGACAGUGGCACAGAAAAAUUCUUAUUUAGAGGCACAUAUGGCUGUUCAACAGCAUAUGACUCAAGCUUCUAUGCAAUAUAAACAACAACAACAAAAUGAUGGCCCAAGAAAUGACAUGCAAGAUUCAAAUAGUACUAACCAACAGUCCUCACUCCAACAACAAGGAAAUAACCAACGGCAAUCUAAUAAUAAUAAUAAUCCACAACAAAAUCAAGCUCUGCCAACAACAACAGUAACACCAAAUGAACCUCAUAAUUAUGUAAAUGCAAUAAAAGUGCCUCAAGUUAGUUCGUCCAGUUCUGGAGGAGCUGAGAGUACAUUUACAGUUCCAGAUGAUGUCGGUAUGGGUUUCGAAGGUGGAGUCAGAGUCUUACAAAGUCUAGGAUCAUGGUCACCUGAAAUACCAUAUAAUAUACCUAGGCCAAAUUUAAUACCUUUUACAGAACCAUAUGUUGAAGGUGGUUCAAUGCAUCCUGCUAGUCGUUUAAAAGCAUUACAACAAGUACAACAAGCAUCCUGCGGUAUUAGGAAGACAAAUACAUCUAAAACAACACAUAAAGCUUUUGAAUGCUCUGUUUGUGGAAAGGGAUUAGCUCGGAAAGAUAAACUUACAAUCCAUAUGAGAAUACACACAGGAGAAAAGCCGUAUAUUUGUGAGGUUUGUAAUAAAGCUUUUGCUCGCCGUGAUAAAUUAGUCAUACAUAUGAAUAAAUUUAAACAUGUGACGCCAACAAAUAUCGCUCCAUUAGGCAAAAGAUUUAAUAAUCUGGUUAAAAAGAAAGAACCAGAUGAUGAUAACAAAAAUUCAUUAGAUCAAAUACAACAUCAUUCGGCACAACAUAAUAUUGCUGUAGGAAAUCCAAGUAAUCAACAUCCUCAAUCGAGUACAGCAAUUCCUGGCAUAAUAAUUCCACAUCAUCAUGAACCACCUCAAUUAUCUUGGACAUGUGAAUUAUGUGGUCGAAUGUUUUCAACCAGAGACGAAUGGUCAUUACAUGCAAAGAGUCAUUUAGAGUAUUGACAUCAGGAAAGGGCCAGUAUUGAAUCAAUUACUAUACCAACAUUUCCAAUUUCUUUGGAAACAAAUACAUCAUUAACGGAUCAUCAUAAACCUAUACAUAAGAAUAUUAAUAAUAUUAGCAGUAAUAAUAACAAUAAUAAUAAUAAUAUUAAUAACAAUAAUACCAAAAAUAACAGUAAUAGCAAUAAUAACAAUAAUAAUAAUAAUAACAGUAAUGAUUCGGUAGCUCAAAAUAAAACAAAAAAAUUAAACAGUAAUAAUCGUUAUCGAAAAGAAAAAUCUUUAAAUAAUAACAACAGUAACGAUAAUAACAACAACAAUAAUAAUAAUAAUAAUAAUAAUAUGAUUUCUAAUCUUCCACAUUCACAAGCACAGCUGCAGCACAUUCUAAGAACUGAAGAUUCAAUUAUCGAUCAGCAAUCAUCAUCAAUUUAUAUAUCACCUUCAACAAAUGGAUCUUCUGUUACGGCACAUGUAGGUCAACUCAAUAAUUCAUCAUAAAAAUAAACAGUUAAAUCCUACAAUCUAAAAUAAUUUGUAUACCAAUUUUUAAAAUUAUAAUUGUUACAUUUGUUUAUUUAUUUUGUUAUAACAGUUAAUUGUAUAAAAAAAAUCCGGGUUAUUUGCUCACUAUUUUUAAUAAUUGAUUUCUAUUGUAAUUUACGAGUAUAUUCAAAUUUCUGUUUUUCUGACAACGCAAUUUGUUAUUUUUGUUAUCAUUAUUAUAUGCUAUUAUAUAUAAAAUUAUUAUUAUAUAUACUCUAUAAUGAUUAAUUUAAAAAAUGAAAUUAUAUUAUAUAUACUUACAUAAAAUAAUAUAGGUAUAUAAAAAUAUAUAGUAUGUAUAGAUAUAGAUGUAAACUUUAUAAGUUAAGCGACAAAUUAAAUUG